GCGAGUGGGCUGUUCGUAUAAAAUCUGGGCUGGCACUCGCCAGUGCAGUAGGGGCAGGUGGCGUUCCCCAAGUUCACGUCUCUCGUCCUAAGUCCUGGUCAGUUCCUAUGCUUUAUUUUGGACAGUCACUAUCUUUUUGUUAAGAAAUGUUUCACAGUAGCCAAGAACGUUUUAAUAUACGGGGAUCAAUACUGAAUUGAACACCUGUUGCUCCCACCUGCUUGAGAGGCGGCAGGACUCCCCCCUCGGUGCCCACGUGCCAGUCCCAGUGUGCUCUGGGGGAGAAGCCACAGUCCAGAGUUGGCCCCCGACAUCUCUGCCUAGUUUAUUUCUAAGUUUUUGUUUCUCUGUCACCCUGUAAGAGAUUUGUUUUUAAAAAAUCCAGUGACCUUGUCUAGAAACGUUUGGCAGUUUACUUAUAAUUAUUUUAGGUUUGAAUUGUCAAAAACUGUGAAAAUUUCUAUUUGCAUUAAUGUUGGAUAUUGGAACUUCUCAUAAGUAAAAAUGAAAAGACUUUGCCUGUGCCUGUCCCCUAGUAUUUCACCCCCAAGCAUAGAUUUUGGUAUCUUUGGACUCCAUCAGGUGUUAAAGAACUACACAUGGUGAAGCCGGGGACCCAUUUCCCAUCCGAAUGGCACAUGUGUGGGGGCAGCGUGCUGGCUGCCCCACUGCUCUUGCCCCACAGGCCUUGCUUGCUCCUGCACGGGCCCAGCAGGGGCAUGCAUUUUCAGAUUUCUGAUCUUGCUGUCACCAGAGGAUCAGUCUGGACAGUGGCAGGAACAUGCUUGUGAAUAGCUUUAUAGCUCAUUGCUUCCUGGGGCCUCACCACUUGAUUUUCCAGACAGUCUGCUCAGGACAAAGCAGGCUAUACAGAAAGCUGAGCAUCUUCUGGCCAGAGAACUUGGAGAGCAAGGGCGCUCUGCCUUUACCACGUGUUAUCUGCUCUCUGAUGCUCGGGUGACAAGACAUGCUGGUAUCGACCACUAGAGAAAAAUAUGCCGCCAUUGGAAUCCCCCAUCAGUGUAAACGGACACUUGGGCAUCCCCACCAUCCGGUGGUGCGGGGCGGAGGGGGACUACAACGUCAUGGUGAUGGAGCUGUUGGGGCCUAGCCUGGAGGACCUGUUCAACUUCUGCUCAAGGAAAUUCAGCCUCAAAACUGUCCUGCUGCUUGCUGACCAGAUGAUUAGUCGCAUCGAAUACAUUCAUUCAAAGAACUUCAUCCACCGAGAUGUGAAGCCAGAUAACUUUCUCAUGGGGCUGGGGAAGAAGGGCAACCUGGUCUACAUCAUCGACUUUGGGCUGGCCAAGAAGUACCGGGAUGCCAGGACCCACCAGCACAUCCCCUACCGUGAGAACAAGAACCUCACCGGGACGGCGCGGUACGCCUCCAUCAACACGCAUCUUGGAAUCGAACAAUCUCGAAGAGAUGACCUGGAGUCACUGGGCUAUGUGCUCAUGUACUUCAAUCUGGGCUCUCUGCCCUGGCAGGGGCUGAAGGCAGCCACCAAGAGGCAGAAGUAUGAGCGGAUUAGCGAGAAGAAGAUGUCCACCCCCAUCGAAGUGCUGUGUAAAAGCUACCCCUCUGAGUUUGCCACGUACCUGAAUUUCUGCCGCUCCUUGCGUUUUGACGACAAGCCUGACUACUCCUACCUGAGGCAGCUCUUCAGGAAUCUCUUCCACCGCCAGGGCUUCUCCUAUGACUACGUGUUCGACUGGAACAUGCUCAAAUUCGGAGCCAGCCGGGCCGCUGAUGACUCUGAGCGGGAGCGCCGGGACCGAGAGGAGCGGCUGAGGCACUCCCGAAACCCAGCCGCCCGUGGCCUCCCCUCCACGGCCUCUGGCCGCCUGCGGGGCACCCAGGAAGUGGCUCCUCCCACCCCCCUCACCCCUACCUCACACACUGCUAACACCUCUCCUCGGCCCGUGUCCGGUGUGGAAAGAGAGCGGAAAGUGAGUAUGCGGCUGCACCGCGGCGCCCCUGUCAACAUCUCGUCCUCCGAUCUCACAGGCCGGCAAGACACCUCCCGCAUGUCCACCUCACAGAUUCCCAGUCGGGUGGCUUCCAGUGGUCUUCAGUCUGUGGUGCACCGAUGAGAACUCUCCUUUUUGCUGUGAAGGGCAGACAAUGCAUGGCUGAUCUACUCUGUUACAAUGGCUUUACUAGUGACGCGCCCCCCGGUCUAGAACCGAAAUGUUAACACCGGGAGCUCUCCAGGCCGCCCACCCAGCGACGCCAGUGGGGGAAACAAAAACUAAACCAGACAGACUCCAAAGCGCUGCCGUCACAGGGGCUGCACCGCGGGCCCCCCACGUGGACUCGGUUGUCGCGGGCUGGGAAGAAAAGCAGAGUGUGAGAGACAGUUGCAGAGAGAACCAAACUCCCGCUCCAGAGCCUUUCGGUUCCCCUCCAGUGGCGGUGCGCCCUGCUCCCUGACAAGCCUACUGUAACCACCGAUCUUCUACUUGGUUAAGACAGUUUUGUAUCAUUUUGCUAAAAAUUACUGGCUUAAAUCUGUGUAAAGAAAUCUGUCUUUUUAUUGUUUCUUUCUUGUCUGUUUUUGCGGUCUUAAAACCGAUGUUGACUUUAACGAGCCCUGGAACAAAGGCUGGUGUGGAGUUUCUGUGUAGGGCAGAGCGAGUCGGGGAGCAGCGCGCACGGGCGCCCGUCCUCUGCUUUGUGGUCCCUUUGUUGUGUGGUCCGCUGUGGAGAGGGGUUUUCUCACCGGAAGUGCUGUCCCGUGUAGAUGUGUAUGUAAGUGAUGUGUGUGUGCCGUGUGUCCUGUGGCCUCAUUACGCUGGUUUUGGCUGUCACUGUCCCUUCCCACCUACGCCAGAUUGCCUGCGCAGCGCGGUCCUCAGAGCAGUUAGCGGGCGCCGCGCACCAGAGUCUCCUGGAACGGCGAGAAGGAAGCCGAGCACGGAAGACCUCAGAAGCCAAGGCUUUUUGCAUGGGCGUUGCUGGUCCCUCUGGAGAGGAUUUUGAACCAAGAGACAUCAGGCCCCUCCUUGGGGUCACAUGUGGUUAUUUUGGUGGUGGUGUUGCCUCAGUGUCUUUGGAUUUGGGAAAUUUUCUAAACCGACUGUAAACGUGAACAGUGUAGAUUGCCCCUCGCUGUGUGUGUGAGUCUGUGUGCUCAGAACCGAGGACGCGGCCGUCUGCGCUGUGCCAGGCUUAACCACAGUGGCCUCGGGCCCAAGGGGAUCCACCCUGAAGUGCCAAGAAGCUGGUGACUCAACUGGUCGUCCAGGAGGGUACGGCGUCACACGCUUCCUUCCACGACCUUCAUUGGGACGUAGCGAACCCCACAGGGGUCAAGAAGUGGGUCGGGGCUGAGUCUUGUAAGAAAGACCCUCGGGGCCACUGGGCCACGGGUGGUUUUCCAGGAUGCUCCCUCGUUUUGUAGCAGGCAGCGGCACCAGGCGGUGGUGGCAACCAGCAGCUGGGAGUGCCCCCCCCCCCGGCCCCCCUGUUGUGGGAAACAAGGUGCAAUAAUUGGUAUCCGUGGGUACGUCCACCUCUCUUCCUGUCACCCUGCUGCAGAGUGCUCUGUUUGGAGACCGGGGCGCUCGCAGCAAGUGAGGGGCCUAGAGGCGUCCAUGUCAGUGUUUCUCCCCUUCCUGCCUCCUUGGGCCCCUAGCACGGGAGCGCCGGUCCCAGGACACCCUGACUGGUGUGUGCUGACGGCACAGAGCGUGGCUGUUGGCUGCUUUGGGAGUCCUGAGCGGGCUACUCUGUGUUUUGGGGUGCAGGGACUUGGCCAAGUGGGGCUGUGUUUCUGGGAGCACAGUGCAAGCCUGGGCGGGUCAGGGCAAGUUGGGGGCUUUGUUGUGACCCAGGACCCUCUGAAGUGGGCCCGCCCCUGCCGGCGGGGUGUUAGCAGCCGCAGCCACCGACGGAGUGCCAGAGACCGCUGGGGCAGCCUUCCCUCGCUCCGCAUCUGGGCUUCGACCUGCAAUUGCUGGAUGCUUGUUUGAGAGGUGGGCCCAGACCCUGGGCCCUCAGCUGUGCGGCCGCCCGUGUGUCCGUCCGUGCGUGCACACUUGCUGCCCUCCCACUGCAGGAAAUGUAGUUGCCACGUCUGUAUCAACCUGUGUAUUGGUGGCCAGUCUCUGACUCGGCACGUUUGUGUGAUCACUGCAUUUAUGUGCUUAACCACCGUGUAAAUAAUAAACCCGUGAUGACUUUUACCUUUC